CCGCCGCUUGGUAUAUAAAGAACCCCGGCAGGCAGGAGAGCCCGCCCUAUCGAGCGUUCCGUUUCACGCCUCGCAACUCAUACCAAAAUGUCCGCCGAAAAGCAAGAACACCAACAAUCGGGCAACCCCCAGAACCCAAGCCCUCCGCAAUACCAACCCACUACCGGCGCCGCGACUCACCCCCGCUCAGCCCGUCACCGCCUGCCAACCCCUCGCCAACCCGUACCCUCCCCAAUCUACGCCGCCCAACCGCAACCGCAACCCUACCCCGAGGCACAACAUCGACCCAUCGCCUACAACGCCGACGGCACUCCUAUCACCACGGCACAACCACGUGUCUACUUCAACUCGGUCGCCUCGGGCAACCCGGUCAACGGGGGUAACUCGGUCAUCCCGGUCAACUCAGUCUACACUAGCAGCUGGUUCAACUGCAACCAUGAGUUCGUGCGCACCGGCGAGUGGAGCGGCGGAGAUAUCGUUAAUGUAUGUUGUGUUUUCCGUGCAUGUGGUGCUGCUGUCCGCCAGGGAAUAAGGAGAAAUACUUCUGAUGACCUCACUCCAUUUCUUCCAUUUCAGAUAACCGAUUGGAGAAAGGGCUAGCGGAAGGUUCUUGGUGGCUUCCGGAAAAGUCACUCUAUCCACUAAACAUACAUCAUCUAUAUACCAUUUACAUCGGGCUGCCUACUAUUACCACUGG